AAAAAUAUUGCAUUAUUAUUGUUACUAUUAUAUUAUACUCCAAGUACAAGCAAGUAACAACCUCCCCGAUUAAGCUUAACAACCCCCGCCGGAUGGCCCUGGUCCUUUACAGGAAGGACCCUGAGUUCCACGUCCCCUGCUGCGCAAUUUACGACUAGGACCUCAACACAGCUGAAAAACUAUGAUAUAGUCCCCGCCGGGUCAGCCGCGCCUCCCGCCCGGUCAGUUCGCGCUGCCGUUGUUCCCCGGCGCUCACGCGAAUGCCGAUGCCAAUGGCAGCCGCUGCCGGCAACGGAGAGGCCUCGCCGCUCGUGGAGGCGGUGGGGUGCAACAUGCUGCGGCCGCGGCGCGGGCCGCCUCCCCCGUCGCCGUCCCCGGUGGUCGGCAAGCCGCUCGCGUCCGGCGCCGUACCGCGGCACGCGCUGGAGUUCGACGGCGAGGGGCGGUACCUUAACGCGCCCUGGGACCUUCCUACGUCGCCGGAGACGUCGCCUUCCUCCGCGACGGGGGCGUUCACGUGGCAUCACGUCGAGCUCCCGCGGUUGCUCGCCGGUGGCGCGGCCGCUAAGCCGCUCCACCACGCGCAGGCGCUGAUCGAGCUCCUCUGCCCGCCGCUCACGCUCCAGGAGAUCCUCGCGCUCGUCGGAAACGGCCCGCACUGCGGCGCCGUCGCCGACGGCGGCAGCGGCGCGCUCGUGCUCCGGGUCAGCGCGCCGGGGCCGCUCGGCAGCGCCUUCGCGAUCCGCCUCGCAGCUCGCGUCACCGAGAGCUCCGUCAUCACCGUGUCCGUCGGCGCCGUCCCGCGGCUCGCGUUCGGGACCACGCAGGCGUCCCUCCUCUCGGAGGUGCCCCUCGGGGUGGCCGCCUCGCUCGCCGAAGAGGGACACGGCGGCGGCCGCGCCGUCGAGGGCGGCGUCGUCAUCGACGAGCGCCUGCUCGAGUCGCUGCUCGCCAUGAACCACGCGGACGGCGCGCACACCGACAACCCGGUGCCCCGGACGGUGUCCAACCUCCUCGUGCACGUGCUCGGCACGCACGUCGACCACGUCCACGACAUUGUCACGCGCCUCGAGAUGGAGAUCGACAACAUCGAGCUGCACAUCGACAAAGGUGGUCAUUUCAUGAGGAAACUUCUGUUGGAUGGUAGGAGAUUCCCCAAAAUGCACCUUGAUUUACAGCGCCUACUUCAGGUGGUUUCUCACGGCGAACAAGUAUUCCCCCGUGUGAAGGAAAGAUGCGCGAGCAAGAAUUGGUUCACAACCGGGGAUAUUGCCGCCCUCGAAGAUUUGAUUGGCCGCCUUAGGAGGCUCAAGGAAAACCUUGGAUUCAUAACGAACAGAGUGACCACGCUGCAGGCCAGCCUCGACAGCUGGCAGUCAGAGCAGAUCAACAAGAGCCUAUACUAUCUUUCAUUCCUCUCCAUAGUUUUCCUCCCUCUCUCCAUUGUAACCGGAGUUUUCGGGAUGAAUGUCGGUGGCGUGCCAUGGACCGAGCAGAACAAGAACCCCGCAAAUCUGGACGGUUUCGCCAAUGUGAUGCUGAUAUGCGCCGUGAUCUUGCUGCUCCUGCUGCUUUGCUUUCUGUUCCCUUCACUGUAUUCUCAUGUGUCGGCGUGGCGAACCCGGCGUGAGCUCACCAUGAGUGGCUCCCAGAACAAGGGGCACCUGAAACUCUUCAAAGGCCACAGGGAAGGUUACAUGCGCCUGUGAGCAGAACAUCACAGGUAAAAUGGUGACAGCAGUUAGUGAACAUGAAUGGAACCUUCUUAUGUAUGCCCAUCUCCUUGAAAUCCAUCCAUGAAUACAGGUUCUUCGUGUACUUGAGAAGUCGGCAAUCAUGAAGGGAAGAUCUUGAUACCAAGAUUUUUUUGGUGAUGUUGUUGUAAUAUUGGGUGUAAAAUUAGACAGACACACUAGAUAGGGGCCAUGUACAGCUUUGGUUCACAACCUCCGACAUAGGUUCACCUAACAUCUGUUCAUUGUUUAGUUCUUUUCUUUCCAUUAUUAUCUUGAGGAAGCCUGCUGGUAAGUCUCACUGUACCAGUAUUUUGCCUGUAAACUGUAACAUUUCUCAAGAAAGCAAGCUAAUUGCUUCAA